GGUGUGGAAUCUCAUCUUAUCCUUAUUAUUUUCCGCAUGUUCUCUCUGUACUUAUGAUUCUUUACAGCCUUUAACCACUGCCUACAAUGGGCUGGAUUGUUCACUGGAAUCCGAAAGUAACUCACUCCCGCUAAACAUUUACUCUUUGAAUUAUUACACCCGGGAGGGAACAAUACAAGUUUACACCAUUAUGACUAAAAGUUUACUAAAUAGUAUUAGGUGCAAGGUGCUUUUUGACUCUGGUCAAGCGUAACCAUAGCAGAAUGGUGGGAGUGGCCUUAGAUGGCAACAUGCCUAGUGCAUUAUGGGAUUUGAAGGUUUCCUACCUAUUUGGCUAAAGGGAAGACAACAGAAUUUUUUAUUUUGUUAAUCUAGUAGUAUCUAGUUUUAUCUUUUAUCUUAUUUAGCACCAAUUAAAAAAAAAAAUCCUUUUUUUUCUACUGCACAGUACAACUUAUAAUAAUAUAUCUACUAACAUACUUUUAAAUACCUUCAAUUAUAUUUAAUUGUGACUGUAUAAAAAAAAAGGCAGUUAAAGGCAGGGUAGGCAGGUUUUUUUCCCCAAAUUUGUUUAAACUGUCUUUAUAUACCAAUACAUAAUUAAAAUGUUAGUACUCUGAAAAGGAGAGUAUAAAAAUCGUGUGUCUGUAGUCCUCUCGGGGCUGCAAUUAAACACAGCUACUAAAUAUGAUUGGCUGGGCGACUGUCCCUCUCUCUCGCUACCAUGGCUACCACCCCUGCUGCUACAGGAGCUGCCCACAUGCGCGCAUCCACAAGAGGGGAAGAGGCACACAAGCUAGGAAGAAAGUAACUAAAAAUAAAGCUAAAUAGUUUAUAAUUGUUAAUUAUAACUUGCAAUUAUAAUAUAAUAAUUCUACAGAAUUUCUUUUUUUUUUUUUUACAUAUAAAUGUUCAAGCAAUAUGCAAACUAUCAAGUAAGACAUUUAUACAUUUUUCGAAAUACAUAACAUUUCAAAGAAUCUUUACAGAAAGACAUACUGUUGUGUUUAUAUGGUCAAAAACAUCACUGUUUUAAUAGUUGGUGCUAAAUGCUUUAGUCUUCAUACAUAGAGCAAGCAAGCCAAAGGAAACAGUGGGAAAUAAAGAAAAAUCUGUAAGAUGCCGAUACUGGAGUAAAAAUACCUUUGGAGAAACCAGACUAACCAAAAACACAGAGGACCAGUUCUCGUAUAUUCAGUCUAAACAUUUGGUACAAUGUCAAUGGUAGUUAACAGUGUUACUGCAUUGAUUCAGCUGUAAGAUUCAAAGCUGUAACAUUGUUUUCUCCUGUGGCCCAGGUGAUGCAGGCAGUGUUAGUGUGACUAGUGUUUUAGCACAUCUGAUCUCUUCUGGAAGCUGAUUCCAACUGCGGGCAGCAUAGUAACUAAAGGAGGACUCCCCUUGUUUUGUGUGAACCCUUGGUAUUUCUAACUGACUCGAUCCUAGUAAUCCGAGUGGUCUGUUUAUAUUCAGUGAGCAUAUCUUUUUUUUUUGGAUGUAGUUUUUUUUUUUUUUUUUUUUUACUAAUUCUAUUUCUGUUAUCCCACAAUCUUCUGAAUUUGUGGGGUAAACGGGUUGUAGUCAUCACAACUGAAUUAUUAUUAUUUUAUAACUGGAAAAAAUAUCAGGCACUUAAAACAGCUACUGCCUUGGUCCUACGCGGACCUGAUUUCAACCUGACCCCCACCUGCUGUUAGCAUUCCAUUGACUCCCAUUCAUUUUGGCGUCACUUUGACAUCGAACAACUUUACAUCUGAGGCGUUUAAAAAUUGACUAAUGACUGCGUCAUAACCUGCGACUCUCUGUUGCACAGUAGAGAAAUUACUGUAUGGACAGGAGGAGAAGCUCGCAGACAAUCUUUUACUGUCUAUGAGGCGAUCGGGGGGACGUGGAGGCAUAAAGUCAAUUGAGAUAAUUAAUCAGAAUACUUCUAAUUGACUUCACUUGUCUCCGUUGAUUCCAAUGGGGUCACUGUGUCCAUUUCUUUUAAUGUCUAAGGAUUUUGCGAGGGGACUCGACUUCUCAUCACACUGGAAGUAAGAAUUCAACACAAUUUCUCCAUUGAAAGUUGGGGUAUAAGCAGAGAAUGUCUAAUAUGGUGAGAAGUUUCACUCUCACUACACUUCCGGCUUCAGAACUGGUUGCAGUUCCACUCUGAUUCCAUAUGAGGGCGCUCACAGGAUAAGUGCAGAAUGAAUGGAGGUCAAUGGCGGUAUACCCCUCAAAAUCCACUUUUCUCAGGAUAUAAUUUUUUGUCUAGUAAUUUUAAUGUUGUAUUUGAAAGGAGAUGCAAAGAAAUUACACAUUUCCGGAUGUUAGAUUUUUUAGAGUCACUUAAUUUGCUUUAAAAAGUCUUUCAAAAUGUCAAUGACGUCAUACACAUCUUACGACCAGAGAUACUGCUUUACAGCAAUCCUUCAGUAACUUUGGUGCUUUCAGAGAAUGUCUAUGGGGCUUUCCAGAGCCGUUGGGUAACUCCUAAAAAACCCAUUCAGUCUGUGGAAGGUGAAUCAGUGAAGUAGUUAAAAUAGAAACAAAACAAUUUGUAUGUAGCAAUCGAGUAAGGGAAGAGUCCCCCUCCCAACAACACGUAUUGUUAUGCUGUUUGGUAGCCCGUUCAACCUGGCUGAUUUUGGACAUUAGCCAACUUGGCAUUUGGCCAGCUUUCCCUCCCACGUGAACCACAGUAAAUUCAGGUAGGCUUUGAUAAUUAACACAGUCCACAUGGGUUAACUUUUUUUCGUCCUUGGGAAAGGAGAAAUAGGACAUCCCUUGCCCACUAUUAGAACAAUUUAAGUUUUGCACACCUGCAAGGCUUUUUUUUCCUUUAAAAUUUUGUAUUGAUAUUUAGCACUAUUGAGCGUGACAUUUAUUUGUGCUUUUUUAAGGUGGCAAUACUAUACCAUAUGUAUCCGGUAUUUCUUAACACAAGAAUAAAACAACAAGUACUCAAAUUCAAUUUAUUUUCAGUGUAAAUUUCACAGUACAUACAUUACAAUAGGCAUAUAAGAGUGCCAGCAACCAAAAAAAAGUUGCUGCGUUGAAAAGAAAAACAGUCAGGUGAAAGGGACAAAUUUAGCUGUCUAGCCCCAUAGACUCCCAUUCAUUUUGCACUCAUGGCGAUCGCCCUCAGUGGAACUAUGGUGGAACUGCAACCAAAAUUCGGUACAAUAGGACUUAAAGGCAGGGUAGGUAAAAAAUGUAUAAACAACUUUCUUCCAAAUUUGUUUAAACUUUCUAUAUAUAUCAAUGCAUAAUUAAAAUGUAAGUACUCUGAUAAAAAGAGUAUAAAAAUCGAGUGACUCUAGGCCGUUUAAUCUGUAUUAAACACAGCUCAUUAUUUCCAUUCGGCACGAAACAUAGGAUUGGCUUAGGCGACUGUCACUCUCUCGCAACCAUGGCAACCACCCUUUUGCCACACAUGACCUGCCCACUUGCGCGCGCACGUUUGAUUUGAGAAAUUCAAGAGGCACGGAUCCUAGGAAUACCAAAACAAUGGCAGAGCAAGCAAAAUUCACAGUACCUUCCUAUGCAGUUACUGAAGGCAAACCAGGCAAAAAAAGGAAGACCGUACCAGUACAAGAAAAGGCAAUGAACAAAAAGUCUUUGGAUAAACAAAGAAAUAAAACGCGAGUUAAUAUCGGCGUGGCUUUCCAGCGAUGGCGAGAACUGAGGGAACUCAAGGGGCUGAAAAGUGACUCCUUGAUGGCUUUAUUUCUGCUGGACAGGUAAAUCUUUCUUUUUGUAUUUUGAUCAUACAUAUUUUUUUGUUUAUUUUUUCAUGAAGCAUAGCUAACAUAAAAUUACUUGGUGAGCCGUAGUAGAGACGAUAAAUAAUCUCUAGGCCUAGCUCAAGAUGAUAGCUAUAGUGUUGAAUUGUGCAUAAUUUUGCUUUAGAUAACUAAAUACAUGUUUAACAGAUAGUAGGCCUAACGUUACUCCGCAUCUAGGAACUUUUCUUAGAACUAUAUUUACCCUCUGUCUAACUCUUUUACCAUGUUCACCUGUAAGUUUACCUGUAGGUUUUUUUUCGCCUUUGUUUUGUUUUUAUAUUCUGUACCUAUGUUCACUGCUGUCUUUAUCUUGUAUCUGUGUGUGUCGUACACACUUUGUUGUAUGUGUGUGUUAUUAUUUUGUGUCUGCAAUGCAGUUGUGAGUUGAUAUUUGAGUGUAUGUUACUCUGUUUAUCUGUAAUCAAGACAUUUUAUAAAUGUGAUGUAAUUGUUGUGUUGAUUUGUAUAAUUUUUUUUUAUUAGUUAUGAGAAAGACAUAUCAACGUCCACACCAUCGAAAAGUGGAUUUACAAUGGCACCACCACCUGUAUCCACUAUUGUCUCGGAGUCGCUUUCUGACCGAGAUGAUGACUUCUCAGUCCCUGGAGUUGAAGAGUUGGAUAGUAGCAGCGUACAGGAUAAAAACAUUCAGGAAUUAGAUGCAAGUAUGUCAUCACUGGAUCUGGAUGUCAUCAGUGAAGAUGAAUUUAACAACAUUAAAAACUCAGUUAUCGAUUGGGAAGAUGACACCUGGUGUCCUGAUAUGGAGACAAAGUCUGUGUCAUCAUUUGAAGAAGACGAAACAAAGGAAAUAGAUACAGACUAUGAUGACAGUGAUGAUGAGGACUAUAUCGCACAUAUUUGUGUGCGGACUGGCGGUGCACUGAAGACUCCGAUUUGUCUGAAUUCCCUUCAAACAAUUAGUAUGGAGGACACUGUGCACGAUGCUGAAGACAACUCCCAAGACCCUACUAUUGCAGACAUACAUCCAAUCCCAGAGACUACUAAAAUCAUGGUUGAGGAUGACAUAAUUGGCCAGCCAGCAUCUAUAACAUACCACAGUUGUCUGAAGCUGCUUGCCGAAUAUCUUGUUCUACCUGUGAACAUGUGUACUGCUAAGGACACAAACACAAAUGCAGAGUGUGGGGCACAUAAACCAUUUGAGGUCAACAUCCAUUCCAGGGGUACAGCUGCAAUUGUGGAAUGGAUAUGUUGUAAUGGUCACACUGUUUGGAAAUGGUCUUCACAGCCCAAUUUUAAAUAUGGAAUGCUUGCUGGGGACUUUAUGUUGGCGUGUAACAUACUGCUGUCUGGCAACAACUAUGCCAAGAUUUCACUUCUCUUUAAAUUUAUGAAUAUGAGGAUGGUGGAGAAGUCAUCUUUUUUCCGAAUACAAGACUCAUACUGUGUGGACACCAUAAAGGAAUUCUGGAAGGAGAAGAGAGCUGAAAUCAUUGCCCAACUACAGUCCAAAGGGCCUAUUGUGGCCUUAGGUGAUGCUCGGAUGGACAGUCCUGGAUUCUGUGCACAGUAUUGCACAUAUUCAACAAUGGAAAAUGAAACUAAACAUAUAAUCAGUAUGGUCAACAUCGACAAGAGGGAGACCAUGAGGAACUCUGUUGUAAUGGAGAAAGAGGCCUUUCAACAGACCUUCGAGGCACUCCGUCAAGAAAUAAACUUGACUGAAAUUUGUACCGAUGCUCAUUCUCAAAUAUCAGCUCUCUUCAACAAAGGGAAAUACAGAGACAGCGGAGUCCACCACACUCUGGACGUCUGGCAUGGGUCCAAAAACUUGAGCAAAAAAAUUCAUGCAGCAGGGCAGCAAAAGGGGUGUGCCAUUCUCCAGAUGUGGAAUAAAGACAUCUGCAACCACUUCUGGUACUGCUGUAAGACGGCCGAUACCUAUGAAGAGUUUAUUGACAUGUGGGUGGGAGUCCUGCACCAUGUCACAGGAGAACACACGUGGGCUCUUGGUGAGUGUAAACAUGGCCCCUUGCUGGACGACAGAGAUAAAGAAUUGAUUGAGAGUGGUUCAGUGGCACAUGAGAGGCUGGCUGAAAUUAUUCUCGAUGAACGCUGGCUGAAGGUCGUCCCCAAGUAUCUGAAUUUCAGGUCAACUGCAGAUUUGGAGUCGUUUCACAACCACAUACUGAUGUACGCCAGCAAGCGCUUCAGCUUUUCCCCACCAGUUUAUGCUGCUCGUACCAUGCUGGCUGGCCUCGAUUACAACCAUCAUCUCCAUAGACCAGCCAGGAGAAAAGCUGAUGGCACAAUUCAGUAUGGCAAGGUGUACAACAAAAAGUCCAGGAAGUGGAGGUUAUACUCAUUGAAGGUGGAGAAGGACUACAGCUACAUCUCUGACCUACAGCGUGCCAUCCUCCUUCGACGGAUAUCAGCUAAUAAGGGGAUUCCUAGAAGCAGAACCAGGAGACCUGAUGAUCCCCGUCAACAUGGUGUACUGUCUGGUGCACCUGCUCCAUCAACACAGGAGCUAUUGCAAAUUCAAGUCAGCAGAGGGUUAGGUCAAUCGCUGCCGAAACAAUGAAUAAUCUCCACAGGACCAUAGCUGAUGUGAUGCUACGUCCCAAGUCUGACCCAUCUACCAGUCAAGAUACCUCUGGAAACCCAAUGUCUUAUGUGUUAUUGUUGAUUGUGCUAAUGUUUUUUAUAUUUGUGAUUAUAGUUUCUAGCUUUAGUAAUACAGAAAUAAAAAAGUGACAUUCUA